ACCAGGGAAUCGCCCAAGGUCUGCAAUGCCCAGCACGGAGACCGCUGGCCCAGGAGGACUCUCGUCAACUCCGAUAUGACUUUGACCCGCGGAACCCUGAAAAAGUCAGUCUCCCCAUCGUGCUGAAUGAGACCGGUUUGCUGGUACCCCACAUCCAGGGCUUCUUUUGCAAUGACACCACCAUCCAAUACCCCCGAGUGGUCCAUUACAUCAUCGAAGACUCGGCACUCAUAAAGAUGGGCUUCUUCAUCUCCAUUUUCACGAUCAGCCUGGGAGAGUUGAUUCGUGUCAAGCUCUUGCAGCUGAGCUCGUCAGCCUUCAUGAGCGGCACUUACACGGCCAUGAUCUACAAGCAGCUGGGCACCUUCAUUUUUGGCGGCCUGGCCAGCUGCUCCCCGACCAGCAUUGCCAAUAUGACCACAGGUCACCUGCGGCCCCACUUCCUGGCCACGUGCCUGCCCGACCCAGCCUCCUUUGACCUCGAGAGCGGCUACGUCACCAACUACACCUGCACAGGGCACCCCAAAGACGUCCUCCAUGUCAGGCGACUGGGCGGUCAAGGAGGGGAACCCAGGAGGCAUCCCCACCCCACCCCAGCCCCAGCUGAUGUCCACCCUGCCCCUGCCCGUCCCCCAGGAAAUCCUUCUAUUCUGUGGACGCCUCCAUCGGGAUGUACUCCAUGGUGUAUUUGGUGGCUCAGACAGGCCGGUGGGCACAAAAACGCAGCCGCCGGGUGGAGUCCCUCUGGAUACCUGCUCCCAGGGUUUCAAGGCGCUGCCCACCCGCCUUCCAGCUCUAGGUACAGGCCAGUUCCUGAGGACAGAAAAUCUGGCUCUUACGGCCCACCAUCCAGCUCCUUUUCUUGUCCUUGGCUACAUCCGGGUCUUGGACCACGGCACCAACCCUACGAUGCCAUCUUCGGAUUCUUGCAGGGAGCUUUGAUGGCUUUCUGGGUGGUGAGUGAUGCCGUGGGGCACCUGGGUACCAGUGAGGCUCUGCUUGCCCGAGAGCCAUUGGGUACACCUGGCACUCCUCAUCUCCCAGGAAGGGAGCCCGGGAGAGGCCAGACUGAAGAGGGAGCAGCCUUGGGGUGUAGGUGACGUCAGCCCACCCCAACCCCUCCCCACUUCAUCCCUGCGGGCUUUCUACAUCUUGGGUGAUGUCAAGUCCCAGAAGCUCCAGGUGCUAGAAGACCACCCAUCCCCUGCUCGCCACUUUCCUCCUCAUUUCCCCUCUCUGUAUUCCUCCCCUGAGGGCCCUCAGGGAACCCAAGGGAUGCCCCGAUUCAGAGAAAGAUAGAGGGCACCCAUUGCUCACCAGAACCUGUGCUCUCCAGGGGGCUAUCUCUACCAAGGUGGGCUAAUCCAGGAAGCCCCACCUCCCUGGAGCUCAGCCCUGACCCCAAAUCAGCCUUGCCCUGGUGGGGUGACACAGGAAGCCCCAUUUUUCUGGGGCUGAACCCCAAAUCAGCCCCUCCCAGCAGGGCCACUUCCACUUUUAUGUUUUGAUGAUUCUUGAUGUAUUAAAUAAUAAAAUGCCAACACAGGGUUUAUGAAUUUUUGACAGAUAUUAACAUG